AUGUGUAUGACAAGCACCGGGCAACAAUGGCCAUGCAGAUUCUACAACAACGGGUGUGAGGUUGACAUGAUCAAUAAUCCGAACCGAAGCUCUGUGGAUGACUUGCACAUCGCAGUCAUCGGACCCUACAGUGGCAACAUCGGUGAUAUUAUGACCUCUGCCGAGCCCCUCUUGGCAAUCGCAGCGCAGGAAAUCGAAGACAGUGGCAUCCUUCCGGGCUAUCGUAUACAUGCACAUUUAGCAGAUUCCGGAUGCUCGGAAGCGGGUGGAACGUUAGCAGCAAUAGACUCGUUAAUACGCGGACCGAAGAAGCAUGCCAUCCUCGGCGACUGCUGCAGUCAGUCCUGUGCAGCGAUCAACGAUGCCAUGCAGUUGUUCAACGUCUUACAAAUUUCCCCCGGAUGUGAUUCGCCCAGUCUCAGCGAUCGAGCACGAUUCCCAUAUUUCACUCGAAUGAGCCCAUCGGAUCGUUACAAAGUCAUCGCCAUCUAUGAAAUCAUGAAGAUGCUAGAUUUCCAUCGGGUGAGCACCAUUAGUGGGCCAAUCUACACAGAAGGUGCCAAGUCCUUUUUCCAUGAGUUGAUAAAGCGGGAUCUGGAUAAUGGCACGUAUCCGUGGACGAUCUUGUCGGAUGCUUCCAUUGGGUUUGGCAGCCCGGAGGAUUAUGUCAUGGUUGCAGACACCUUGAAGAAACGGGAUUCCCGAAUCAACAUGAUGGCCUUGCCAGAGUUUGUUGGCGUGCCACUACUAUGCCAGUUCUACUUGCGCGGACUGCUGCCACCAGACUAUGUUUGGUUCGUUGCUGCCUUCGACAACUGGAUCCCGAAUAUCACCGCCAGCUUCGCGGGCUCUCCGGGAUGCAAUUGCACGGCCGAGCAAUUGCACGCCGUGUCAUAUGGCCUCAUUGUCAGCGGGCGUGGCCCCAUCCAAUCAACCAAUGAUGUCCACGGUCUUUCAGGACGGAGACUCUCAGACCUUUCAGAGCAAUACAACACAGAAUGUCAGAGCUUUGGAGGCGGACAGGGGUCUUGCAAUGCUUUGUGGUCCGGGUAUUUUUAUGAUGGUCUGUGGCAUUUCGCCGCCAUUCUGCAUGCUUACUUGGUCGAGCAGAACCAUUCCAUUGCAGAUUUGGGAACUCCGUCGUCAAGACUGGCCCUCUACGAGCUGUCAUUGCGCCAGGACUACAUGGGUCUCACUGGCCCAGUUCGCCAGUUUAACAGCAUCGAGCCCACAACAACCCCACCGUCAUUUGGUGAUCGAGAUGGGUUAAUGCUGCUUCGCCAGAUGUCUGGCCCAAUUGGCAACGAGUUCGUUGAGGUGGCCCGGCGCACAAGCGCGGCGACAGCUUGGCUCGCUGACUUGCGGUGGAGCCCGGUCGAUAGCACAAAGAUGAUCGCUUGCAGCGGGGUAACUUGUGAUCUCGAUAGCGAUAGCGCUUGGAUCCCACGAGAUCGCAUUGAGCAAUGCCCAGCUGGAUCCGUCUUCUCGAUUGAGUUGGGCUGCGUCGCUUGCACGCCCGGCAAGUAUGCAAAUACCAAUAUGACAGAGUGUUCCUCCUGCGGAAUCGGUACAUUUGCGAAUGAAACAGGUCAAGGGGAGUGCACCCCAUGUUCCCCUGGCAGCUUCAACAACGUCCUUAGUGCCGAAAGCUGCGAGUUGUGCGGCCAGGGCUUCUUUGCCAACACAUCAGGUGCAUCUUUGUGCAGGAAAUGCGACUUUGACACAUAUGCAGCAGAGAAAGGCCUUAUGUCAUGCUCUGCAUGUCCAGCGGGCACAACCACUGCCUUCACAGGAGCCGUGGAUGAGGAAGCUUGCCAGUGCAAGGGUGAGCUGUGGGACGGAGAGUGCGUGGUGUGCACGGGGGACACGCGGUUCGAGGAUGGCAGAUGCAUCAGCUGUUCCAGGGGAUUGAUAUGUGAUGGAAGCAAGGAGCCCAUGCUUGCUGAGGGAUAUUGGGCUGCAACCGAUAAUCGCUUCAGCGUCUACCAGUGCGUCCCCUAUGAGUUUUGUCCCGGUGGCUUACCGGGACAGUGUAACGGAGGACGAAUUGGAACACCAUGUGCGAACUGUCCGCCUGGACAGUCUUGGCAAACAGAAGUUUGCGCCGAUUGCACUCCCUUCAGCGUGGCAGGAUGGCUUGUCGCAGGCCUUGCGGCUGCGAUUGGCAUUCCAGCGGCCUACUACUUCAUGAACACCAAGCAAACCUCGAAGGCGACCACGAUGCUUGCUACCUCAUGCGGUGUUGGGAUGACGAUCAACAUGUUGCAAAGUAUCGGUAUCAUUGGAUUCAUCUCCUUUUCUUGGCCGCCUGCUUUGCAAUGGCUCUUCAAUUUGAUGGGCAUCUUCACGCUGGAUUUACAAGCAAUUGGCUUCGACUGCGUUUCCUCCAACCCAGUUCUAGGCUACGUUUCUAUCACCUCUGCUUUGCCGGCGGCAUUGACGUGGCUCCUCGUGUUCAGCUUUCUAAGCAAGCUUCUUCCGAACAAGUUUCGCGUCGAAGCAUCGAAAAUGCUGAGCACGAUGGGGCAGUUCUUCCAAGUCAGCUUCACGAUCUACAGCAAGAUCGCGCUGUCACCCAUGAUGUGCUACACCCACCCAAACGGAAAGAGCGGCUUGUUGGAGAACAACGGCAUCUUCUGCUUCGAAAGCCCCGAGCACACGCGGAUGUUCAUCGCCGGACUUUGCACCAUCGCUUUGCUGGCGAGCUUCUAUUCGACGGCGCUUUGGGCAACGAUCCGCGCACCGAAGUAUGCUGCCGCUGGUAAUGCAUCGUUUAUGGCAGCCACGCGAUUUCUUCUUUUCCGCUUCCGCACGGACUCUUGGUGGUUUGGUACCUUCAUGCUCCCGCGUGGUCUUUGCCUCUCGAUGUCCAUCGUCCUGGCGGCGGACAACCCGUAUAUCCAGAUGAUUUUGAUCAUCUCCGUCAUCCUGACUUACAUGCUCGUGCAGCUGAUCACAUGGCCUUGGAAACUUCCCGCCCUCAAUGCCUUCGAUGCCAUCGUUUCCUCAGCGAUGCUGAUGAUGAUGGCAAUUCUGGGAGCCUUCGCCCCAGAGCUCGACGAUGCCUUAAAGGAGCAGCUCACGGAAUUUGUCAUCGGAAUUGUGAUGUUCCUGAAUUGUGUCGUCGUCAUCAUGCUUUGCGUCGCAGCAUUCGGCUUGGUCAGAUUAAAUACCAUGGGCGGCUCCAACGAAAACUGGCUUCUAGCACUGGGUGCAAUUCCUUCGCCACGGCUCCUCAGCCAGAAACUCUUGCUUCUGGCGAACAAGCUAAAGGAGCGGAUUGGUACAUCGUAG